GAUCUACAUAAAACACAGGUGAUCACGUUUAACUUCUGUUGUGACGGUUUUAUAAGGCUUGAUACACUACUCUCUCACUAAUCUGCACACCACCGACCAGCCAAUCAAAAUAAUAUACGCCUAUUCGCAGCUCAGACCUGUAGACUGUUUAAUGAUAAACUAAUUGUAGCCGAAUUAAUUGAACCAAAUCAUCGUCCUUAUUAUAUGAAUAAGGUGUUUUCCAAUAGGCCUUUUUUUUCAUGCAAAAACAUACGUAAAUAAUUUGCGUGAAUGGUGUGUGAUUACCGAGAAGAUAGCGCACCGCAUAAACACAGCAGCACCAGCUCUAGCAGAGCUCUUCAGCUUGGAACUCUCGCGAGGGGAAAAUGACUUCCACAGGAGAGGGAGAAAGAUGAGGUCUGAAACGGACCAAAUGACCGGGGGCAGGGAGGAAAGUGUCGUCGAAAUACAAUUCAGAGAUAUUCCGGGGGGACAGGACGCCGUCUCCGUCAACUCAAAGCAGAAAGAAGAGAAGAAGGAGGUCUUUACUAAGGUAGUAAUAAGGCGACUUCCACCCAACCUGUCCAAGGACCAGCUGGAAGAACAGCUCAGUCCUCUUCCACCCUAUGACUACUUUGAGUUUUUUCCUGCUGAUCAAAGCCUCUAUCCACACCUGUUCUCCAGAGUUUACAUUAACUUCAGAAACCCCGAAGACAUCCUGCUCUUCAGAGACCGCUUUGAUGGCUAUGUUUUCAUUGAUAACAAAGGCCAGGAGUACCCAGCUGUGGUAGAGUUUGCCCCCUUUCAGAAAGUCUCCAAGAAGAAGCUCAAAAAGAAAGAUUCCAAAGCUGGAAGCAUUGAAGAAGACCCGGAGUACCGGCGGUUUCUGGAGAACUACUCCUGUGAUGAGGAGAAGUCCAUGGCCAACCCCGAAACCCUGCUGGGAGAGAUAGAGGCCAAGACAAAGAAACUCAUAGCCAAAAGAACAACACCUCUUCUGGAGUACAUCAAGAAUAAGAAACUUGAGAAGCACAGGAUAAGAGAGGAGAAGAGAGAGGAGCGUCGACGCAGGGAGCUGGAGAAGAAACGGCAGAGGGAGGAGGAGAAGAGGAAACGGAGGGAGGAGGAGAGACGCAAACGCAAGGAGGCGGAUAAACAGAAGAAACUAUCGGAGAAGGAGAUCAAGAUCAAGCUCCUGAAGAAGAGUGACUGGGACGAUGAUGUGGACUCUGACAGGCUCAAGGACAAAGGAGACAGUGGGGACACAGAGAGGGCCAAGUGGGACAAACCCAGUGGACACAUGAAGUCAAAGGAAAUCAAGGACCCGGGUCAGAUGGAGAGCGAUAAGGAGCAGAGAGAGCACGGCCGCAGGCAGAGAGACAAAGACCACAGAGGAAGAGACGAGGAGAGGAAACGACAGCGCCACCACUACGAGUUCGACAAGUCCAUGCGGUGCAAGGAGGAUACCAAGUGGGGUAAAGGCUACUGCCAGGACCGGGCAAAGAAAGAUGGCCAAUACCACAGCUCCUACUCCUACGACACGUGCGACAAGGUGGGCAAGGAGGUCAGAGAGGACAUUGGCGGUAGCAGGAAGGACCGCGUUCGGAACAAGGUGAGCGACAAGGUGAGCAAGAGAGUCUGUGUUAGCCUAUCAGGACAGAAGGACGUCCCAGUCAGAGGGGCCACACCAGAUACGAGGGGCUCUGCCAAACAAGGACCGGCCUGCCAUGCAGCUCUACCAGCCAGGCGCUCACAAUCGCAAGCGCGUGAGCUCUGCGAUGAAAGGUUAUGAGCUUCCCAUGAACCGCUCGCCAGAACACGUGGCGGCGGACCACUGCUACGAGGCCGUCGCCAUGGAAACGGGCUCGGAAAAGAGUGGAGACGAGUAGUCCAGUCUGUCUGCUCUGAUAAGCCUUUCACAAUAUUUACGCCUAGGAAUUAUGAAGCCUUUAUGUGCUGGUUUGAAUUAUAUAAAUGCUUCAAAAUUCACAGAAAGUGACGUGAGCUGAUGAAGAUGAUCUCAUAGAACAAAACGUAUAAGAACCCCUGUUUACCACAGAAUACAUUUUUUCCGUUUAUGAAAAAAAAACAUUAACUUCCCCAUAGGCUUUGACCAACGAGCCAUGGGGGAGUUAUUAGUGCCUACAAAAAGACGACAUUACUAUUGCUCUCUAUUGGGCUGCCAGAUUGUAGGCUUGUGUGUUACUAAACGGCAUGCAUGCACAAGGCUUUGGGGUUGAUGGAGCUGCACUCGCCGUUGAAAUCAUUUAAACUUUUACAACGAUUCUGGGUCAAACCUUUGCGCAAAUUAUUUCAAAAGGAUUUGAAGAUUGGGUCACCCAUGAUUGGGGUAGGAGAGUAACAAAGAUCAAUCAUUCCCAAUACAUAAUGGAAACCUUUUCAUCUUGUUCUCCUUUGUUGUAUUCUGUACAUCACAGAGAAUUUUCUCUGGACGCGAUUAGAUUGUGUUUUGUCAAGCAUGACGGGACUGAAGCUAAAGGAAGUUGUUUGUUUCUUGCUUGUGUGUUAUUCCCAUGUUGUGUCACCCCUGGGUAAAAUAGCACAGUCAUUUGUAUUUGCAUUUAUUAUGGAUCCCCAUUAAGCAGCUACUCUUCCUGGGGUCCGGAAAAAUUAAGGCAGUUAUACAUAAAAAA